CUACCUUAGGAGAUCCAUCCAUGAGCAGCGUUUAAGUUUGAGCACUGCUUAGUAGCUCUAGCUAGCCUGCCCGUCGUCAGACGUCACUCCUCGAUCCCAGCACGUACGACAGAGCCGACGAGGAUCAGCGGCAGCUGGAGAUGGCGCAGCAGCACGACAAGGCAUCCACAUUCGCCGCCGCCCAGGAGAUGGCGACCACCACCAAGACGAAGCAGCAGCUCUCCGAUGAUGAAUCCGACGCCGGCGAGCCAGAGGAGAACUACCGCGGAUGGAAGUCCAUGCCCUACGUCAUAGGGAACGAGACGUGCGAGAAGCUGGGCACCAUCGGCACGACGGCCAACCUGCUGGUGUACCUCACCACCGUCUACGGCAUGACCGGCGCCAGCGCCGCCACCUUGCUCAACCUCUGGUCGGGCACCGUCAGCAUGGCGCCGCUCCUGGGCGCCUUCCUCAGCGACUCCUACCUGGGCCGCUACACCACCAUCGCCUUCGCCUCCGUCGCCUCCUUCCUCGGCAUGAUCAUCCUCACCCUCACCGCCGCCGUGCCGUCCCUCCACCCCAACGACCCCACCGCCGGCGCCCCCCACCCCAAUAACGGACCCUCGUCGCUCCAGAUGGCCGUGCUCCUCGCCUCCUUCGCCCUCCUCGCCGUCGGCGCCGGCGGCAUCCGCCCCUGCAACCUGGCCUUCGGCGCCGACCAGUUCGACCCGCGCACCCCGGCGGGUCGACGGGGCAUCAACAGCUUCUUCAACUGGUACUACUUCACCUUCACCAUCGCCAUGAUGAUCUCCGCCACCGUCAUCAUCUACCUCCAGAGCGACGUCAACUGGGCGCUGGGGCUCGCCGUCCCCGCCACGCUCAUGGGCGUCUCCUGCGUCCUCUUCUUCAUGGGCACGCGCCUCUACGUCCGCGUCCGCCCCGACGGCAGCCCCUUCACCAGCUUCGCUCAGGUCCUCGUCGCCGCCGCCCGCAACCGCCGUCUCCCCGCGCCGCCUUCCCCCGCCGACGACCUCUACGACCCGCCGCACCGGAGCAGCCUCGUCUCCAAGAUCGCCUACACUCACCAGUUCCUCUGCCUCGACAAGGCCGCCGUGCGCACCAGCACCACCUCCGACGACCACCACCCGUGGCGCCUCUGCACGCUGCAGCAGGUGGAGGAGGUCAAGUGCCUGGCGCGGCUGCUCCCCGUCUGGUCCUCCGGCAUCGUCUACUACAUCGUGCUCACCAACCUCGGCAACUACAACGUGCUCCAGGCCAUGCAGACGGACCGCCACGUCGUCGCCGGCGGCAGCUUCCAGAUCCCCGCGGGCUCCUUCGUCGUCUUCAACAUGCUGGCGCUCACGCUCUGGCUCCCUUUCUACGACGGCGUGCUCGUGCCGGCGAUGCAGCGCGUCACCAAGCGCGAGGGCGGCAUCACCCAGCUGCAGCGGAUCGGCGUCGGGAUCGUGCUCUCCAUCGUCACCAUGCUCGUCGCCGCCGCCGUCGAGAGACACCGCCGCAGGGUCGGCGACGCCACCUCCUGCUUCCUGCUCGUGCCGCAGCAGAUGCUGGCCGGACUCUCCGAGGCGUUCGCCAUCAUCGGACAGGUCGAGUUCUACUACAAGCAGUUCCCGGAGAACAUGCGCAGCGUCGCGGGGGCGCUGCUGUCCCUGGGCUUCGCCAUAGCCAGCUACGCCAGCGGGCUCAUGGUCAGCGUCGUGCACCGGACCACCGGCGGCGGCCGCGACGGACGCCCCGACUGGCUGGCGCAGGACCUCAACCAGGGACGCGUCGACCUCUACUACCUGCUCAUCGCCGCCAUGGCGGCCGUCAACCUCGUCUACUUCGUCGUCUGCGCGCGCUGGUACAGGUUCAAGAAGCCGGCGGCAGCCGCCCACGCCGACGCCGACGUGGAGCUGGAGCUGGAGGGGAAGGCCGCAGCGCCUCCUGUCUGAAGUCUGAACGCUGUGGACUAGGAGCUAUUUUCUUUUCCUUUUUCCUCAUCGACCAAAAGAAAAGGACGAACUUGCCGUGAAGUGCAGGGUAUGAAGAAAAAUACGUAGUACAGUACUGUAGUAGUAAAGAGUACUAGUAUAGGUUGAAAUAGACGUAUAAUAAUUGAAGGCCACAACAGGUUGCAAAGCAAAUCCAAAUCGAUGUAUAAUUGGUUGAUGACUCCUCCAUUCAUGAUAUCAACAUGAUUAGCAUCCAUCUCAAUUUUGGAGACUGACUGACAGCAAUUAAUAAACACAAGGAGAUAACAGAGCAUGGCAUAGCAGAUGCAGAGCAAUCACCUAUUCACAAGGCUCAGAACAGAAGCUCCAUUCACACACACACACACACACACAAAAAAAAAAAAAAAAA